AUGGAUACAUUCGAAUUAUCAUCAUCGUCAUCAAAUAAUAAUACUAAUAAUAAUUCACAUCGUAAUACAUGGUCUAAUUAUCCUACAGAAUGCUAUCCAACAAGUGUAGACUACUAUCGAUCGUAUGGAACAGCACCUCUUACAUCACUUCCCUGGGUUGAAUCAAGUAAAUAUUCCGUUGCUAAUUGGUCAACUCAAACAUCAUCUACAUUUCCUUAUACAUCUUCUCAUCCUGCACCUCCACAUGCUCAUACAAAUUUUAUGUCAACAACAAAUCCAUCAUCAUCAUCAUCAGCAACAACAGCAUUUGGUCAACCAUAUUACCCUCCAACACCACCAAAAGAUAUUUCACAUGAUUCACUACUUGAUACAUCAAAUAAACAACAUGAUUUACUUAAUAAUAAAAAUUAUCAUCAACAUAAUCAUCAUCAUCAUCAGAAUUUAUUUCCUAAUACAACAUCACCAACAACAAGUGCAGCUGCAGCAGCAGCAGCAUAUCAUCAUCAUAAUUGGGGACAUGUCCUUAAAGAUUCUGCUGCUUUUUGGUCGACCAUGAAAUCACCAACAGAAUCAUCAGGAAAACUUUCAAAUUCAAAUACAAAGAAAAAAACUAGUCAAGCUGAAGGUCGUGAAUGUGUUAAUUGUGGAGCUAAAGCUACACCAUUAUGGAGACGUGAUGGUAAUGGUAAUUAUUUAUGUAAUGCUUGUGGUCUCUAUCAUAAAAUGAAUGGACACAAUCGACCAUUGAUUAAACCUAAACGACGUUUAUCAACAGUUAAGAAAACAGGUGUUCAUUGUUCAAAUUGUAAUACAAGCACAACAACAUUAUGGCGUCGAAAUGGUCAUGGUGAAAGUGUUUGUAAUGCUUGUGGUUUAUAUUAUAAAUUACAUAAGGUAAAUCGUCCAAUAACAUUAAAAAAAGAGAACAUACAAACACGUAAUAGAAAACCAAAUACAAAACGUAAUGGUAAUUUACUUGCAAGUAGUUCAUCAUGUAGUAUUAAAGAUAAGGAUCCAUUUCCUUAUGGACUUUUAAUGAAGAAUGAACAAGCGUUAAAUGGUUAUCAUGCUCAAGCAGCAGCUGCAGCUAUGGCAGUUAACAGUGCAUCAACAUCGUCAUCACCAUCAUCAUCAUCAGUUUAUCAUCAAUCUCAUCAAGCAGCAUAUGCAGCUGCGGCAGCACUUCAUCCAUUAUUUUCAUCAUCAAUGUUAUCAUCCAUAGGUACGACAACGACAACAGGUACAUCACUAUCAUCAUCGUCAAAUUCGUCAUCACCAACAAAAUCAUCAUAUAUGACAAAUCAACAACAUCAUGUUGGGGUUUAUCCUCCGUACUUUUAA